AGUGCCACUCCUUGGAUAUAACAGCCAGAAAAAAGCAAAAUGUUAAAAUACUUCUGGAAGAAGUGCCUUGAAACCUUCCUCUUGAAGACUAGAAAAAUGGCAAUGUUUGGGUUAUCCGCACUUGUCUGAAAUACCAGGGUUGACACUCCAUUCUGUCUUCCAGUAGGAGCUUGUUAUACUUCUGAUGGUGUGGUGUGACCUGUGUGCACAUCUCGAACCUCUAAAAGGGUCUGUACUACCUAAGGAAGCUCAAUUAAUACUCUUAAGCUUCCGAGACGCUACACCAUCACUGCCUCACACACACUGCAUCCUCUGUUCAGUGAGACCAGACCAGAGAGCAUCGAGAAACAUUCAUUUUCUGCUUUCUCAUCACUAAAAAUAAUGUUACUACAACUGUUACCACAAUUACUGCUAUUGCCACAGUCCCUCUUGUCCCACCUCCUACUAUUACUGUAGUUACUGCCGCUGCUGCUGCUUCCACUGCUACUAAUACUACCACUACAGCCACAUGCACUGCCUCUGCUACUAAAUCAAAAUAAUAAUAAGAAAAAAGUGCAGAUUAGAAGCAUGACAGAAGCAACAGCAGCAGUGGCAAUGGUGGUGGUGAUCGUGUUGGCAUCCUUUACAACAACAACACAAGCACCGACUCUGGCAGCAUCAAAGAGCACCAACACCGCUUGGCCGUCAGUUCAACCAUUGAGAGACAACGUGGAUUAUAAUGAUGUCAAUAACUUUGGCUUGGAAUUAAUGCGGUUACUGGCUGUGAGGGGGAACGUUUUGAUCUCCCCUCUCUCCCUGUGGUCCUCUCUGGUGCUGACGCUCUACGGGGCUGAGCUGAUGACGCAACAUGAGAUGGAAGAAAUACUGCAUGUCUUGUAUGUGAGAAGAGAUGAACUGCUUAGGUUUUUGAACAGCGUGGAGGGAAGGCGGAGAAGGAUGCGGGGCGAGCCUGACGUGCUGAUCAUGGAGCAGAAGACGAGAGUUUUCAAAGAGAACGAGUUUGUGCUCAACGCGUCCCCGGCGAAGGAACUCUGGGACAGGCUGUGCUCUGUGAACUUUACCAUGCCUGAAGAAGCCGAAAGGAGAAUAGAUAAAUUUGUACAGGAGACCACGUAUAACCUGAUACCCUCCUUGGUGAACGCCAACCAGCUGCGAGGCACUCUGAUGGCCAUGGAGACAGCGUCCUGCUUCAAGUCUGACUGGCGAUUCAACUGUAGGAGUGUCUGCCGCUCCGCCUUCUACCCGCUGCCUUACUCUCAGCCCAUCAACAUGACCAUGAUGUGGGUGAGGCAACUCCUGCCUGUGGGAAUGGAUGCACAACUUCAGGCUACGGUGGUGCGUAUGCCUUUCUACUCCUGGAUGUCCUUGUACCUCAUCCUGCCGCUGUACACGGGGGAGGGCGCCUUCCAAGAGACACUGGAAGCCCUGGACAGCUGGACCCUGAUGCACGCCCUUAAGAACCUCGGCUGUUACAGGAUCGAGGUGCACGUGCCGAGGUUCAAAAUGGAAGGGGAUUACGGCAAUGACUUGAUACCGUGUCUGCGUGAACUCGGCUCAAAAUUUAUGUUCGAUGCUAAAAAGGCAGACUUCUCUUACUUCGCGGACAGCAUGUACGCCACCAACCUCAACCACAGAGUCUUUGUUGACAUCAGCGAGGGCCCGACUGCUGCUGGGAUGGCCUCGAACGUGCAACUCAAGUCAUCCUUCUCUAGCGAAACCCCACAAACGGAGACAUCAUGCGCAUCCUCACACAUAACCGCGAAAGUUGAGAUCAAUAUGCCGCUCAAGAAAGGUAAUAGGAAUGCAUGCAGGAGAGGCAGGAAUAGUAAUGGUAGUAGUGGUAAUAGUAGUAAGGCUCAGUGGAUAAGGGAAAAUGAUAGAUAUUGUAAUCUGUGCCUGAAGUUUAACCGACCGUUCGUGUUUCUGUUGGUGGAUGAUGUGGAUGAUAUCAUAUGGCAGGUCGGAGUGUUUAAAUCUCCACUGAAUUAGCCAUCAUGGAGCCCCAGAGAGAGAGAGAG